UCGACUUCUGAUCGAUUGGUAGGGUCUGACACACACACACACUCUGCGUAAGAAGCGCUGCUCAGCUCGACAGGUUAGCUAGCAGCGGCUGCGUUUCAGAGGAUUCAGCGCAGCCUUGAGGCUCCCGGCCAUGGGGUUGACCAAGCAGUACCUGCGCUACGUUGCCAGUGCAGUGUUUGGAGUGAUCGGCAGCCAGAAAGCCAACAUCGCAUUUGUGACCCUCCGAGGUGGGGAGAAGGGGCGAUAUGUUGCCGUGGCUGCGUGCGAACACGUCUUCAUCUGGGACGUGCGCAAAGCAGAGAAGGUCCUGAUCCUACAGGGCAACAAACACGAGGUGACCUUCCUCUGCCCCUCCCCUGACGGCAUCCACAUCGCCGUGGGUUACGAGGACGGUGCUGUGCGGAUCUUCAGCCUGCUGAACGGCGAGAGCAACGUCUCCUUCAGUGGCCACAAGUCAGCUGUCACCGUCAUUCACUACGACACAUUAGGCGCCCGGCUUGUCACAGGGUCCAAGGACACAGAUGUGAUCGUCUGGGACAUCAUCAACGAGUGUGGCCUGUACAGGCUGAAAGGCCAUAAAGACGUCAUCACACAGGCCCUGUUCCUCACAGACAAGAACCUUCUGGUUACAAGCUCCAAGGACAGCUUUGUGAAGUGGUGGGACCUGGACACACAGCACUGCUUCAAGACCAUGGUGGGCCAUCGCAGCGAGGUGUGGGGCAUGGUGCUGCUGAAUGAGGAGAGCAGGUUGCUGACAGGCUCAGCAGACAGUGAGCUACGGGCCUGGGACAUCAGCUACCUGCAGGAGGAAAAAGCAGAGGGCGAGCCCAAGCAGAAGAAGGGGAAAACUCUGCUGGAUGAUGAUGAUGAUGGUGGAGACCAUGAGGAAGGCUUGGAUGAGAGUCCUGAAGACAGGAUCUUGAGUUGCAAGAAAGCCGGUUCCCUCCUCAGAGAGGCCAGAGACCGAGUCGUCUCUCUGACGACAGACGCCAGGGCCAGAGUGAUCGCCUGCCACGGCAGUGAUUCAGUGCUGGAGCUCUUCACGGUGCUGUCAGAGCAGGAAGUGCAGAGGAAAAUGGUGAAGAAGCUGAAGAAAGCCAAAAAGAAGGCGGCCAAGGCUCAGGACGGUGCAGGCGAGGAGGCAGCGGAGCCUGUGGUGGAGAAGCAGCUGAAAGAUGAGAUCCUCAGACUGACCAACAUUAAAGCCUCAGCCAAGAUCAGAUGGGUGGACUGCCUGUCGUGUGCGGGCGGCGAGCUAAAGGUGGCGCUGCUGCUGCAGAACAACACCGUCGAGACGUACAGCCUGAAGACGUCAGACAAGACCCCCGCAGCCAAUAAGACGGCUCGCCUCACCCUGGGCGGUCACCGCACCGACGCCCGCACGCUGGCCUUCAGCUCCGACAACCUGGCCAUCCUGUCCGCCUCUGGAGACACGGUCAAAGUGUGGAACAGGUCAACUCUGCAGGUGAUUCGCACCAUGGCGUGUGAAUACGCCCUCUGCUCCCUGUUUGUGCCUGGAGACAGACAGAUCAUCCUGGGAACAAAGAGCGGGAAGCUGCAGCUCUUUGAGCUGGCCUCAGGAAGCCUCCUGGAGACAGUGGAUGCCCAUGUCGGAGCCCUGUGGUCCCUCUGCCUGGCCCCAGAUCAGAGGGGCAUUGUGACGGGAGGCGCAGACAAGACAGUGAAGUUCUGGGAGUUUGAGUUGAUCAAGGCCGAGGAGACUGGCCAGAAGAGGCUGACAGUAAAACACUCCCGCACGCUGCAGCUGGAUGAAGACGUUCUGUGUGUGAAGUUUUCUCCAGACCACAGACUGCUGGCCGUCUCUCUGCUUGACUGCACUGUCAAGAUUUUCUACACAGACACACUGAAGUUCUUCCUGUCUCUGUAUGGACACAAGCUGCCUGUACUUUGUCUGGACAUCUCACAUGACAGCACACUGAUUGCCACGGGCUCUGCUGACAGAAACGUGAAGAUCUGGGGUUUGGACUUCGGGGACUGUCACCGCUCCAUGUUUGCUCACGACGACAGUGUCAUGUUCCUCCAGUUUGUCCCCAAGACUCAUCUGUUCUUCACAGCGGGGAAGGACAAAAAGAUCAAACAGUGGGACGCCGACAAGUUUGAGCACAUUCAGACACUAGAGGGUCACCAUCGAGAAGUUUGGUGUCUGGCCAUCAGCCCCAAUGGAGACCACGUUGUCUCGUCGUCCCACGACAAGUCCCUGCGCCUAUGGGAGAGGACAAGGGAGCCCAUCAUCCUGGAGGAAGAGAGGGAGAUGGAGAGAGAGGCAGAGUUUGAGGAGAGCAUGGCCAAAGGGGAUGAGCCUGUGGUCCCAGGAGAGACUCCAGGAGAGGCAGCACCAGCCGGCAAGAAGACCAUCGAGACAGUCAAAGCCGCGGAGCGAAUCAUGGAAGCUCUGGAGCUUUACAGAGAAGAAGCCAGGAAAAUGGAGGAGCAUAAAUAUGCGUGUGAAAAUGCAGGAAAACAGUUACCUCCACCAAAACCCAAUCCCAUCCUUGUGGCCUUUGGAAACAUUUCACCGUCCCGCUACGUUUUAGAUGUCGUAAGGAAGGUCAGAUCCAGUGAGCUGGAGGUCUCGCUCCUCGUGUUGCCGUUCCCCUAUGUCCCCGAGCUGCUGACGCUCUUCAACAGCUACAUUCAGCAGGGCUUGGAGGUGGAGCUCGUCUGCCGCUGCCUCUUCUUUCUGCUCAGGAUCCAUUUUGGCCAAAUCUCCAGCAACCAGAUGCUGCUGUCUGUCAUAGAUGAGCUGAGGACCAAUACUAUUGCAAAAGUUGGUGAUAUCAGGGACGUGCUGGGCUUCAACAGCGCCGGCCUCCAGUUCCUCCAGCGGGAAAUUGAAAGCAAAGAGAAUGUGAUGUUCUUUGCAGAAGCUACAGGCCAGCUGGAGCAGAAGAAGAAGAAGAGGAGGAAGAGGGAGCGAGCCAUCCUCACUAUCGCUUGAAUCAAGACGGACAUUUUAGACUGUUAUUUCCAUAAAUAUCCACUUCCCGUCUUCCUUGUCCAGUUCCCUCCCCCUCUGUAUUGCAGGGGUGGUCCAGGAGAUUGAUACUGUCGUUUUUUGUAUGUGAACUGUUAAAAGAUCCUGAUAGGAUGUAACAGCGUGUUAUUCAAUGACACGCUUCAUUUCCCAAAUAAAGUGAGUCCGACUUA